UAAUGGGAAUAAAACGAGGCGACCGAAGCUAGAGAUGCACGAGAGACACCCUCGCUCUCAUUGCUCUUCCUCCCGUAGCCCGUAGGUCGUAGUGACUUUUUUUGUACCCUCGCCGGAGUCUUGAACCACCAAUUUUAUUCCCUUCCAUUUCCCUUCUCAUCCCAUCGCCGGCGCAGCUCCCCCAUCCGUGACGCUUUCCUUAACAACCUCUCCUCUGGCUUAUCUCAUGGCCGCAGGCGCCGCCGAUCCCUCUUCCCCCUCCACCUCCCCCCGUUCCUCACAGGCCACCCUCCACCCCGGGCCUCAAGUCAACGGGGCGGAGACCGGGGCUCCUCCCUCCGGUGUCCCGCCUUCCCCUUCCUCCCCGUCGCCGGUCGUCGCGAUCCCCGACCUGGAGAUCUCAGAUCGAUCCCCUCAUGAGGCGCCUCCAGAAGAUGCGUCUAGGACUCCAUCGGACGCCGCCCAAGGUAAGAAGCAGGCUUGGAUGCGACCGCCCAAUGUGUCGGCGAAGGGGGGCGCCGCCGUGAUUGGGGGAGCCGCGUCUUGGCCCGCUCUCUCGGAGUCCGCUAAACCCUCCCCCAAAUCAUCCUCGUCCGAUGCCCUGAAAUCCCUUCCUGAUGCACCGCUUUCUGCGCCGGCGGGCUCUGCGACGUCUACUUCUUCGCCAAAUCCCAACUCUAAUCCUUCUCUACUCCGGAACCAUGCGACUCCUGCCCGUCAGAAAUCAAUGAAACGUGGCGGAGGCAGUCAUAUUAGUAGCAGUGGCACAGCUGCUGAUGGCGGGAUGUUACUGUCUUCACCACCACCUACUUCGUCACCUAUGGCAAAUUCGGAGAAGCAUCAACCUUCAGAAGUCACACUCUCACCUCGAGAUCAAAUUCCUAGAAAAACCACUAAUUGGGACCGUGGAAACACCACGGGCGGGUCUGGAUCACAUGCCGAUGAUGGUGGCGACCGUAGAAGCUAUGGUGGUAACCGGAGGUGGAACAAUGGUGGGGGUGCUGGUUCUCACAACAACUAUAGUAACCACCGUGAUGUUGAGCGUGGAGCCUAUGAUGGAUAUCGUCGCAAUGCAGGCGCCUCAGACGUUCGCAUGCAGCCGCGGAAUACCAGGCUCAUCAGGCCGCCUACACCCGUGUCACCUCCUUUCCUUGGCCAUCAUCCUCCUCAGCCGGGGCCUUUUGGGAAUCCAAUGGUCUUUCCUGAUGUACCUUCUCCUAUCUUUUAUAUUGCUACUCAGACACCUCCUGGAGGUGUGCCCUUCGUACCUCAUCCAGCAGUGCCUCAUCAAAUGUUUAUUCCUGCUAUUGAUCCACAACGUGCCAAUUUAUUGAAGCAGAUAGAUUACUAUUUCAGUGCAGAAAACUUGUGCAGAGAUGUUUAUCUGAGGCAGAACAUGGAUGAACAAGGAUGGGUUCCAGUGUUUUUGAUCGCUGGUUUUAAUAGAGUCAAGCAAUUAACAAACAGUGUAGAAUUCAUAUUAGAAACCUUGCGGCUGUCAACUGUAGUGGAAGUUCAGGGCGAUAAAAUAAGGAAGCGUCAUGAUUGGAUGAAUUGGGUUUUGCCACCAACUGAUAGUCAGUCUGCUAAUGCUUCUGUAGCAUAUCUAAACUUCAAUAAUCUAGCAGCUCGUUUGCAGUCUCUUGGAAUUGGACCUGCGUACCAGAACAGCAUGAGAUUUCCAGAUCCCAAUGAGGUUUUACUCAGCAGAUCAGCAUCCGGUAAUUUGAGUAACCAGUUUCAGGUGCCUGUAAAUCAUAAUUGGGAUGCGAAUAGUCAAGUCACUAUUGCAGAUUCAGAUCGGAUCAAGUCUGGACGAAGUUUACACAGGAGCGACACAUUUUGAAGUGCAUUCACUUUUGAUGUCUAAGGCAUAGGUAAAACAUUUGCUAUGCCAAAACUGGGAAGCUUUUCUGAGAUUGAAAAAUUUAAAAUAAAAAUAAAAUCUUCCAAAAUUCUAAGAAAGAGGAAAUUUGAACAGAAAAAGGGAAACAGAAAUACAAGCUACAAUUAUGAGGAGGUUCUAUUUCUGGACAGAUGGUGUUACUGCUGCCUAUCUUUUGAUCAUUAGUAGCUGUUCCUCUUAAUAUUCAGAUCAAACCAUUUCUUUUCUAAUCAAGGGCCUGGACUAGGCUCAUUUUGAGUUCCUCUUGUAAGCAAUCAAAACAUCCCUUAGGAGAUUAGUUUUCUUUCUCAUCUUUUGAGGAAUUUUGCUGCAUAAAUUAAGGGCUACGCUGGAAUGUCAGACUAUUUUGCUAGGAUUUCGUUUAUCACUGCUGACUGAGAUUCAAUAAAUAUUUACUUGAACUA